AGCAGACAUCAGCAGGUUGACUUGAGUUAACACCAAAUAUAAAAUCUAGUGUGAAUUAUAAUUAUGAGCAGCAUGGAGACUAACAAACGUGGACCAAUGACCAUCGCAGUGUCUGAAAUAUUGCUGAUUAACAUGGAGAAGCCAGGAGUGGCAUUUCCCUUCAUAAAGGCCUUGGUGAACGUGAAUGACCAUUUCCACGAGCUUUACCCAGACAGUGAGUUUCCAUUCCACAUUGCACUGAUGACUAAGAACCAGGCUCAGAAGCAACGCCUAAGAAACCACCUCAACAAGUUAGGCUUAAGUCAGGUUUCAAUCCAUCAGGAUGACUACAGCAGCAAACCUGAACCGAAAGUACUCUACCUCUCCGAAGACCCUGGCAAAGCAGAGGAAGCCAUUAAAACAGGGCAUGCAGCUGCCAUCAUGUUCCCUAAUGACAUGGGAAACCAAUGGAAUGAAGACAGAGAGCUUUGCGUGGCAUUUGACGGAGAUGGCGUCCUGUUCUCUGAUGAGUGUGAGAUUGUUUAUGUGGAGGAAGGGAUGGAAGCCUUCAAACAAAAUGAGAAGGAUAAAGAGGACAUCGCUAUAGAAAAGGGUCCCCUGAAGUGCUUCCUGGAGGCUCUCAGUGACCUGCAGAAUAAGCUUCCUAGCGAGAGCUGGUCUAAAGUGCAGACCUACCUGGUGACAUCCCGCAACCCGCUCAUUAGUGGCACCAGGGCUCUGAAGACCCUGACCACAUGGCAGGUGGACAUCAGCCAGGCUUUCUUUGUCUCCAGGGCCCCCAAGGCGUCACUCUUGGCCACGAUCCGCCCGCACAUCUUCUUCGAUGACAAGAGGACGCACAUUGAUAAGGCGCGUGAGCUGGGGGUCAUCUCUGCCCACGUGCCUUAUGGGAAAGGAUAUGCGACCGAGGGUGCCUGCAAGAAGUGAUAAACCAUGGGAACCAUGGGAAAGUUAGAAUGAGAAACUGAUGUAUUAUUCAUAUUUUUAUGAAUAUCUCAGUUGACUCAUGAUAUAUAUAUAGUCAAUGGUUUGUUUAAAGUGCUCAAAACAAGGAGUGCUCUAAUUUUAAUUAAUGCAAGCCUGUAAUGCUAUAUUUAAAUAUAAACCUUUAAAAACAUUGUUGUCAAAUUUGA